AUGGCUUCAGAUUUUGGUAAUCCGUUGAAAAAAUUCAAGUUGGUAUUUCUGGGUGAACAGAGUGUUGGAAAAACAUCACUGAUAACACGAUUUAUGUAUGACAGUUUCGAUAACACGUACCAAGCUACUAUAGGAAUCGAUUUCUUAAGCAAAACUAUGUAUCUCGAAGAUAGAACGGUUCGGUUACAACUUUGGGAUACGGCAGGUCAGGAACGUUUUCGAUCCUUGAUUCCAUCUUAUAUCCGUGAUUCAACUGUUGCUGUCGUCGUAUAUGACAUCACAAGUUGGUUUUGCAAUUUGUAG